GGGACAUCUCCCAACGCCUCCCCAUAAACGUGUGUACCUCUCCGCUACCUCGGGCUCGCUAUCGCCUUUCCCACGGUGCUUUGGAUUCAUCGAAGUCCGAGACCGAGCCAACCGGUGAAGCUCACCUACCUCAAAGGGUUUCCCGGCGACCCCUUUGGAUCCGGCAAUGUGGAGGCUCAAGAUCGCGGAGGGCAUCGGCCCGUGGCUGCGGACCAACAACAACCACAUCGGAAGGCAAGUGUGGGAGUUCGACCCGAGUCUGGGCACGCCCGAGGAGAUCGCGGAGGUGGAGAGGGUCCGGGAGGAGUUCCGGAAGAACCGAUUCGAGAAGAAGCACAGCUCCGAUCUCCUCAUGCGCUUGCAGUUUUCAAAGGAGAAUCCACUUGAAUUGGACUUUCCUAUCAUCAAGCUACAAGACCAUGAAGAUGUCACAGAAGAAGCUGUUCUGACGUCCUUAAGAAGGGCUAUCAGCCGAAUUUCUACCCUCCAAGCACAUGAUGGACACUGGCCUGGGGAUUAUGGCGGCCCAAUGUUCCUUAUGCCAGGAUUGAUCAUAACUUUGUAUGUCACUGGAGCCCUAAAUACUGUUUUGACACCAGAACAUCAGAAAGAGAUCCGUCGAUACCUAUACAACCACCAGAAUAAAGAUGGAGGCUGGGGUUUGCAUAUUGAGGGUACAAGCACUAUGUUUGGUACAGCUUUGACAUAUGUUAUUUUGAGAUUGCUUGGAGAAGGAUCUGAUGGUGGGUUUGGGGCAAUGGAAAAAGGGCGAAACUGGAUCUUAGACCAUGGCAGUGCAACUGCUAUAACAUCAUGGGGGAAGAUGUGGCUCUCUGUACUUGGUGUGUUUGACUGGUCUGGUAACAAUCCUUUGCCCCCAGAAAUGUGGUUACUGCCGUACUUCCUCCCAGUACAUCCAGGACGAAUGUGGUGCCACUGUCGGAUGGUUUAUCUACCCAUGUCAUAUAUAUAUGGAAAGAGAUUUGUUGGUCCAAUUACACCAACUGUUGUAUCACUAAGAACAGAGCUAUAUAAUAUUCCAUAUGACCAAAUUGAUUGGAAUCAGGCUCGGAAUGAGUGUGCAAAGGAAGAUCUUUAUUACCCACAUCCGCUGAUACAAGAUAUCCUUUGGGCAUCUCUGCAUAAAAUUGUUGAACCUAUUCUAAUGCAUUGGCCUGGUAACAAGUUGAGAGAGAAGGCUAUAAAUACUGCUAUGCAGCAUAUCCAUUAUGAGGAUGAGAAUACUAGGUAUAUUUGCAUCGGUCCUGUAAACAAGGUACUUAAUAUGCUUUGCUGCUGGAUUGAAGAACCAAAUUCAGAGGCUUUCAAGCUGCAUCUUCCAAGAGUAUCUGAUUAUUUGUGGGUGGCUGAAGAUGGAAUGAAAAUGCAGGGUUACAAUGGCAGCCAGUUGUGGGACACAGCUUUCACUGUUCAGGCUAUUAUCUCAACUAAUCUAUCUGAGGAAUUUGGUCCUACUCUUAAGAAGGCACAUGAAUUUGUUAAAAACACACAGGUUCUUGAAGACUGCCCUGGUGAUCUUAAUUCCUGGUACCGUCACAUAUCUAAAGGUGCAUGGCCUUUUUCUACUGCAGAUCAUGGAUGGCCUAUAUCAGAUUGCACUGCAGAAGGACUUAAGGCAUCACUCCUGUUAUCAAAGAUUUCUCCAGAAAUUGUUGGCUAUCAGAUUGAUGGAAGGAAGCUUUAUGAUGCCGUCAAUGUUAUCCUUUCACUGAUGAAUCAGGAUGGUGGUUUUGCUACUUAUGAACUUACAAGAUCCUAUGCCUGGUUGGAGAUUAUCAAUCCUGCUGAAACUUUUGGAGACAUUGUUAUUGAUUAUCCAUAUGUUGAAUGUACGUCAGCGGCAAUUCAGGCAUUGACAUCAUUUAAAAAGUUAUACCCUGGCCAUCGGCGAGAGGAGAUAGAUAAUUGCAUCACAAAAUCGGCUCGUUUUAUUGAAAAGAUUCAGCAAGCUGAUGGUUCAUGGUAUGGAUCUUGGGGUGUUUGCUUCACCUAUGGCAUAUGGUUUGGAGUGAAGGGAUUAGUUGCUGCUGGAAGGACAUAUGAGAGCAGCUCUUGCAUCCGAAAAGCAUGUAACUUCCUGUUGUCUAAACAACUGGCUUCUGGUGGCUGGGGAGAGAGCUACCUUUCAUGUCAAGAUAAGGUCUACACCAAUAUUGAGGGCAACAGAACUCAUGCAGUGAAUACUGGUUGGGCUAUGCUAACUCUAAUUGAUGCUGGGCAGUGUGAGAGAGAUCCAAAACCAUUGCAUCGAGCAGCAAAAGUUUUAAUAAAUAUGCAGAUGGAGAAUGGCGAGUUUCCCCAACAAGAGAUUAUGGGGGUCUUCAACAGAAACUGCAUGAUCAGUUAUUCAGCAUAUCGAAAUAUAUUUCCAAUCUGGGCUCUUGGAGAAUAUCGAAGCCGUGUCCUGUGCCCUAAGAACAAUUGAGUUUCUCUUCCUUGCAGUAUUAUGUUCAAGCUCUAAUAACAACCGAGUUUUCUCUCUUGCUAUGUUAUGAUUGGAAUAAUUCAGGAUUUCUCAUCAGCAUAAUGUCAUCUGUCCGAUUUUAUUUUGUUAA